CUCCUCCCCGCCCGCCCUCUUUCUCCAGCAGCAGCAGCAGCUCCUCCAGGUAGAAGCGGCCCCGCCAAGGCAACUCUCCUCGGUGGCGCCGCCCCGCUCCCUUCCCGCCGCCGCUUGCAGCUCCUCCUCCUCGUCGUCGUCGUCGGCGAGGGCGCCUCGCUCUCCCUCUCCCGGCAGACGGCGGCGAAGGAGCAGGAUGAAGGGGGCGUCGUCGCAGCAGCUCCUCUAGCCGCCUCCUCGCACCUUCCUCGCCUGCCGCUCUGCCCCAUGGCGGAGUAGCUGCGCGCCCGCCUUUGCUGCCUUCGGGGCGGGGGGUGGGGGAGGGAGGAGGAGGUUGCCAAAGUGGGGGGGAGGUCGCGGGCCGCCCCCUCCCUCGACAGCACCGCCGCUACUGGCACCACCACCGACGGCGCGCCCCCUCCGCCCCGCCAUGGCCUUCACCUUUGCCGCCUUCUGCUACAUGCUCACCCUGGUCCUCUGCGCUUCGCUCAUCUUCUUCGUCAUCUGGCAUAUAAUUGCCUUUGACGAAUUGCACAUGGACUUCAAGAACCCCAUCGACCAGGGCAACCCAGCCAGGGCAAGAGAGAGGUUGAAAAACAUCGAACGCAUCUGUUGCCUCUUGAGAAAGCUCGUCGUUCCCGAAUAUUCCAUCCAUGGCCUUUUCUGCCUGAUGUUUCUCUGUGCAGCUGAAUGGGUGACUUUGGGACUUAAUAUCCCGCUGCUUUUCUACCACUUGUGGAGGUACUUCCACCGCCCAGCAGAUGGCUCAGAAGUGAUGUAUGACGCCGUCUCCAUCAUGAAUGCCGAUAUCUUAAACUACUGUCAGAAAGAAUCGUGGUGCAAACUGGCCUUUUACCUGGUGUCAUUCUUCUAUUACCUGUACAGUAUGGUUUAUACGCUGGUGAGUUUCUAACAGACACCCUUUGCAGGGUGGGGGACGCCCACCUCACCUGGACUACGAAGUUAACGUGCCAAGACUGUGUGGCGGGGUGGGACGGACCCAUGCCAGGCCCGAGGGCCCCCCACCCCACUCCCAUGUCCGAAGCCAAUUCACGCUGCAAGACUGUCCUUUUCCUGGCUGCCUUGGACAAUGAUACUCUGCUGCCUCAUACCGGAUAGGGGGGCCUGCCGUACCACCACCACCACCACCAAACCCCCCAGCCCCAGAAAUAACAACCGCCGGCUCUAUAUUUUGGAAAAGGAAGCUGGAGCCGGCCUCUCCGCCGAUGGACCUCCCCGUUGCAAGGAGCUCAUUGAGGGAGGGCUGCAGCCGGAAUGGAGUUUUCGGUUGAGGGGUCCAGACCGUAUUGGGGUGCAGGGCACUAUGUGUAAAGCAGAAGUAGGGUCUCUCUCCAGCUGCAUUUAUCUCCAGCUCUCGCUGGACAGGGAACCUUUUGUGUGUAUGUGUGUGUUCUUCUACUGCUUUGGGAUAUUUAUAUAUUAAAAAAAAUAAAUCUGGGGAGAAGGUGUGUGUGUGGUUCACCCCACUCCCCAAUUUCUUUCCACGGCCCCAGCUCCUGGGGAGGUGUUCCUCGAGAUAUAGUUGAAUGUCGCGUCCCCCCGCCUUAUUUUUUUGGGUAGGUUUGGUGAAGGUAACAACUUCUCCACAGUGGAGGUCUGGAGAGGCGAGGGAAAGCCUCAGCAAAACCGCGGUGGCAAAGUUGGGCGGCCAUUUUGUCACCCUUGCUAGCAGAGGAGAUUCGGGGAGGGGGUUCGGAGUGGGAAGCCCCCCUCCCCAAUUCUUCUGCUUUUGUUUCCCCUCCUCUUGCUCCAACAAGAGCAAUCAGUCUGCUAUGGGAAGCGGUUAUUCAGCAAGCGCAGUUUCCCUUUUCUUCUCCUUUAUUUCCUUCUGAAUUGAAUUGCUGAAUGUUGUCAGAUGGGGAAGGGAUGCUGUGACUGGAAGUCGUGGAGGCACUCUGUUGUCAUGGCAACUCGCGGGCCUAUCUUCCCCGCUGGCGCUUUUCCUUUUUGGUACAACUCCUGGCUUUUCUGGGAGGGGAGUGAGAGGCCUCCCUUUCAUGGGAGACGGACCCUGGUUUUAUUUUUAUUUUUUGGUAGGGCCAGAAAUCACUCCCUGCCUGAAACGCUUGAGCUUCUGCAAGCCAGUGUUGACAAUACUGAGCUAGAUGGAUGGUGGUCUGAUUCAGUCUAAGGCAGCGUCUUUUUUAAAACCAGGCCUUUCCACGAGGACUGGAAUCUUCCUUUAUUUUAGGGGAUAGGGCCAAAACUCACAUAUCCCACAAGUGUCCUGGGAAAAGCCGAGAAAGUGGCGGCCAUUUUGGUUGGCGUGAUUUUGCGACACAGUUUCUCCCCUGAAAAAGUGUGGAACCACAGUGCGAAAUAUGUGCAAGAUCACAGCAACCCCAAUGGCUGCCAUGUUCUCGUGAUUAAAAAAAAGCGGUGGCAUCCUGGAUUUUGACUUCAUGGUGCUGGAGGGUAUGAACUCAGUGGCAUAACAUCUGCCUUGCAUCCAGAAGGUUCUGCCGCCACUUGCCCCUAAAGGCAGGUGUUGAUAAAUCCAAAAUAAGAACCUAUAUAAGAAAAAAAUAGACCUGCUGGGCCAGACCCCAUGUUCUUCUUAAUCCAGCGUCCCAAACAGUGGCUAGCCAGAUGCUUUAUGGGAAGCAGGGCUGGAAAGGAAAGGGCCUUCUCAUGUUGCUUGCCCUCAGCUUAUGCUAACUGCUCCUGAACAUGGAGGCUCCAGUACCUAUCCUAGCUGACAGCUGUUGUUAGACUUAUACCCCCACCCCCUUCAAGAAUGUGCCUCGUCCUUUUCUAAAAGCCAUCUGAAGAGAAAGCCCACGUGAGCCAGGAAGGACCAUAACUCAGUGGGAGAGCAUCUGCUUUGCAUGCAGAAGGUCUCAGGUUCGAGUCCUGGCAGCUCCAGGUAGGGCCUCUGUCAGAGGCAGCUGCUGCCAGUCAGUGUGGACAACACUAAGCUAAGAUGAACCCAUGGUCCGGCUUCCUCUGUUCCUAAAGGCCCUCACUGUGUCUUGAAUUGAAAAUCAAUUCGGCAUUUUUUUAAAACAAGCCUUUUGAAUGUUUGUUUUUGUUGAUUGUGCUUAAGAGACCACUUUGCAAUAAAAACGGCUUACCGACAGUAAAAUCCACAUCCAAAACUUAACCGAUCCACAUAAGGGACACUGCAGUAAAAUCAGAUAAGUGGCUGGGUACAAAUAAUAAAAUUAUUGUUAUUGUUAUGAUGCUGAUGAUUAAUAGGAGUCAGUUUAAAAGAAGUGUAAUUAAAUGAAAAAUAUAAACAGUAAGCAGCAGGGAAAAACCAGCCCAGUAGUCCUCAGCACUUAUUUAAGUGAAAAAGGGGGGCGGCCUGCCUAUUGAUAGGGCCAAAACUCACAUAUCCCACAAGUGUCCCGGGGAAAACUGGCACAUCCAGUUUUUUAAUCUGGAGAAAGUGGCAGCCGGUUUGGUUGGCGCGAUUUUGCGACACCAUUUCUCCCCCCAAAAAGUGUGAAAUGUGUGCAAGAUCAAUGAUAUCCAGAUAUUAUUUUUCUGUAAAAUAUCUAAAACUUUUAAUGAAUAAUCAUUUAAACCAGGCUUUUUCCUGGUUUUUAAUACCCUAGUCCUUGAAGCUGUUUUUCUACCCUAAAAAUCCCCCCCCCAAAAAAUAGUCACCCUUAGGCACUACUGAAAUGAUUGAGAUUUAUACACAAAUAAUUUCUUCUGGAUUGAGGUCUGAACAUGGUAAUUAUUCUUACUCUUACCUCUUAGUCUAAGAUGCUCAUGCACAAAAUAUAUAUGGGGUGUGGGUGUGUGUACACACACACACACACGCACACACGCACGUAUGGAAAAUAUUUUCCCUCAAACAAGUAAUGAUAUUUGUAAUCACCGAGAGGUGAAAAUAGCAGAACCAAAGCUGGGUGUUACAUCGUCUGUCAGGCCAGUUUGUUGCCCAGCCCAGACGUACUGCAAUACACCAUCUUAUUUAUUUUUUUCAUUAAAAAAUUAUAUACCGCUUGAUGGUAAAAAAAGAAAAGAAAAACCUCAAAAGCAGUUUAGAGAAAGAAGAAAACAAUAAAAUGCUUAGCAAAAAAAUAAAAAUACUUUCAAACAAAUUAUUGAAAAUCUACAAUGAGAUAAAAACCAGAUUAAAGGUCAGCAUUUCUACACAUCUGGGUAGGCUUGCCUAAACAAAAACGUUUUUAGCAGCUACCAAAAAGGGUGCCUGGAUGCUAAUAGGCAGGGAAUUCCAAAGCUGGCACACUUAAAUACCGACUUCAUACAAAUGUGGAAUGAGCAUUAUGUGGCACAUUUGGAGCUGUCAAGUGGGCAUAUAUGGGGCAAGGCCACCUUGCGAGUAAUUUUGAUGGAUUGAUUCAAUUUCUUACCCAUCCUUCACCCUCAAUAAGGUCCCGGGGCAGGUUACAGCAAUACAGUUGCAAAAAACAAACAAGCAGAUAAAGCAGUUAACAAUCAAAACUGUUCCCAAUAGAGCAGAACAGUAGAAAUCCAACAAAACGAAAUACCUUUAACUGCUAAAGGUCGGGGUACAGAGGUGCCUCUCCUGCAUACGGCAGAAGCUGUGCAGUGACAAUGCCAUAUACACACACCUCUCUGUGCAGAGGGAGGCCCAGCCAUUCAGGGAGCUGUCACAGAGCAAGCCCUCUCCCAAGAGGUCAUUUCCUGAACUGCCGAAAUAGCCUCCCCUGCCCCCCCCCAGUAGAUCUGUACACCCAAGAAAGUUGGUAGGGGUGGAAACGGCCUUUCAAAUCCAUGUAUUUAUGUGUGAGUUUUGAUUACUGAUCUGGAUACCCUCUCCAUCAAAUCCCACAUAAAUUUCUCUCUCUCUCUCUCUCUCUCUCUCUCUCUGUGUGUGUGUGUGUGUGUGAAAGAGUGAAGGCUGUGAAAGGCACUCUGUGCGUUCUCAGAGGCUUCUCCUGCCGGCAUUAUUUACAGUGCACGGAAACUUGGAUGGAAGUCCUGGGCUUAGGGGUUGCCAAUUCAGCAGUUUUUUAUAAAAAAAAUAAUCUUUUUAAAAAACAAAACCCAACCUGGCCUGCUCCUGUGAUUUUUAUUUAUUUAUCAAACACUUGCUUGACCUUCAGAAACCAGCAGGGGAUGUGUUCCAGAACAUGUUGAUGAGUAUUAUCAUUUCUUAACAUUUGUAGUUCAAGUUGGGUUUUCGGAGCAAUUGUCACUUAAUUAAGUUUCUUGGGACCUGGUUAAAUUUUUUGUGUGUGAUAUAACCCUAUGACAACCUGCUUUCUAUUUGGAUUUUCUUGCCUUGACGGUGUCCUCUUAGCUCAUUAGGGGAGAAGUGUUUUUGUCUGGAUCCAGCCUGCUUAUGAUGCGUCCAGUUUAGGGGUGGUCAAAACAGAAACAAAUGGGACAGACCGCAAAUGAAAUCUGGAAAGUCUGGUCCUAGAGGAUUUGGGGUGGUGGUGGUGGGAACGGUCACCUCACCGUGGUACUAUUGAUUCCUAAGCCCCUUCCCUUCCUUGCGCUCUUUUUUAAAACUGAUGACCCCCCCCUCCCCAGGGGACUGUUGUAUAAAGAAAUUCUGUUGGAAAUAAAAAAAGAAACGAUUUGACUGUG